AUGAUUAGAGAGGAGACCGCGCUCCCACACGCUGAUACACUCUCUGGACGAACGCGAAGCUUGGUGAUAAUUGACCACUCCCCAUCUCGUGUGACUUGGCUGCUGGGACGAAUAUACUGGCAGCCCUUUGGACAUCUUCCCCUUUUAAACAGUGUGAUAAUCUGAGUCCAAAAUGGCGACACGGCUGUUUGAAGGAAAGGAGCAUGCGUCUUGUUAUCAGAAAUUCAGAUUUGAGCCAACGCAAGAGAUAAUAGACCUUAUCUUCAGUUAUGUGGAUGAAAGGUUACACAAACCGUAUGGAUUUGCCGUGGACGUUGGCUGUGGAACGGGGCAGAAUACAAGAAUUCUCUCUCAGUACGUCAAGAAAGUUCUCGGAAUCGACAUCAGUGAGGCUCAGAUAGAGGAGGCCAAGAAAGCCACGGGGUCACCCAAUGUCACAUACAGUGUCUGUCCAGCUGAAGAGGUGCCGGUUGGUGACUCCUCUGUUGAUCUACUAACAGCGUGCACUUCUGCCCAUUGGUUUAACAUUGAGAAGUUUAUAAAAGAGGUCGAUCGGGUCUUAAAGCCGGGAGGCUGCCUUGCUUUCUUCUCCUACUUUGCUGAAAUGGAAGUUCACUACAAGGACCGCUCAGAACAGAUGACUGAGGUCUAUGCAGAGGUGCUAAAUAGCCUGGCCCCAUAUAUGCAUGAGAAGAUUACCAAUAUGAGGACCGAAUACAAGGAAAUGUAUGAAACCAUCCCUUACCCCGACAAAAGAAGCAUUGAAAACUUUGGGACCAAGAUCCGAGUGCCAUUGUCAAGUCUGAUGGGUUUUUUCCCUACCUCCUCCGCAUUCCAGAUCUAUCUUAGGAAGGAGCCUGAAAAAGCGAAGGAAAUGCUAAGAACAGCAGAGGAAAGGUUCCUUCGGAUCAUGGGGACGUCCUCCACUGAAACUGAGGUUGAAGUUUGGCACCAAAACCUCCUUCUGUUGGCUUCUAAACCACGGCGAAGCAUUGAUUUGGAAAACUGAAGCUGAACCCUGCAAGACAUGGCUGGAGACCCCAUUAAUCGGUAUUUGACCAUGUCAAAAGUUUCAGGAUGUCAGAUGUACUCAAGUGCAAUCCUCUCUGUAUAAAAUCAAAUCAUGAACAAUGAGUCAAAAUAUCAACUGUGACAAUGUAGCAAAAAGCCCAAAUAAUAAUAAAAAAAUCUCUAAAUAUA